AUGUCGGCUAAGACCGAAGCGUAUGCACAUCUCAACCUUCGGAUCGACCAGAUCUCCGCAACGCACUGGGACUUCCGGAUUUUCCACUGGGACAAAGCAUGGGGUUGGGCCUGGGGCUCGGAGUUUGCAGCGGUGUUGGGAGCUGUCAUUGCUGACAUGGCCGAGUGCCCGUUGGAAGCACUGGUCCCUGCACCCGUGCCGUCUUGGCGCAGGCUACAGCUGCAAUCUGCGGACGCAGGUGCGUCUUCUAAACGCAAGGAUCCGCCAAGUCCACCAGAAAUGGUCGCAAGUGUUGUGGAGGGAGGUGUGCCUCCUGAUGUGGAGAUGGCGCGCAGAGCAUCGACACCCCCACCCAAG